UUUAAUCUGUUACAGUGGCCCCUGUCCCGAGGUAAUGCCGAAAAUUGUUACAACACCCUCAAGAUCCACGAUUAGGCCAGCCCCCUCCCUUUGCUAGAUCGAUUUGUCUUGCGUUUCUGCGGUUCACUGAUUGUGGGAACAAACUUAUCUGCGUACCAUGUAUCAGGCUUCAUUUUCGGAAGAGUUGUUUCGUGUUCUUCUGGACUUAUUCACCCCGACGCACAUGCGUUUGGCAUGUUUCCUUGAACAUAUAAGAAGCAGCCAUGAAGUUGAUUAUCUUGGAAGGUCAUAUGCAAGUCAGUGAAUGGGCUGCAAAAUACAUCAGGAAUCAGAUUGUUAAGUUCAACCCUGGUCCUGACAGAUACUUCACCCUGGGUUUGCCAACUGGAGACACUCCUUUGGGAACCUAUAAAAAACUAAUUGAAUAUUAUAAGAAUGGGGAUCUAUCAUUUAGAUAUGUGAAGACAUUUAACAUGGAUGAAUAUGUAGGUCUUCCACGGGAUCAUCCUCAGAGUUAUCACUCCUUCAUGUGGAACAAUUUCUUCAAGCAUGUUGACAUCUUGGCGGAAAAUACACACAUUCUAGAUGGAAAUGCCCCUGACUUGGAGGCAGAAUGUGAUGCUUUUGAAGAGAAAAUUAAAGCCGUGGGGGGAAUUGAGCUAUUUGUUGGUGGCAUUGGCCCAGAUGGCCAUAUUGCUUUCAAUGAACCCGGCUCAAGCCUGGUGUCACGAACAAGAGUGAAGACAUUGGCUAUGGAUACAAUGUUGGCCAAUGCUCGAUUCUUCGAUGGAGAUUUGUCUAGAGUCCCUACCAUGGCCCUGACUGUUGGAGUGGGGACGGUAAUGGAUGCUAGAGAGGUGAUGAUCCUUAUUACAGGAGCGCAUAAAGCUUUGGCUCUGUGUAAAGCAAUAGAAGAUGGUGUAAACCACAUGUGGACUGUGUCAGCUUUCCAGCAGCACCCCAAAACACUCUUUGUGUGUGAUGAUGACGCCACCAUGGAACUUCGUGUGAAAACAGUACAGUAUUUUAAAGGUUUAUUGCACAUUCACAAUAAACUUGUAGAUCCAUUGUACAGUAUGAAGCAAACCGAUGGAGAGAAAUUGACAAGUGCCAGUUGAGUGGAAUGAGGACCAUUUGAGCAGCAGAGAUUUUCUACAUGAACCUUUUCUUAUACAAGUGUGUCUGAAGGAAACUUAGCCGACUAUUUAUGCAUGCUUUCCUACACUUUAUUACUGUAUUGUCAAAUGAAUCAUUUUGUCAUUUUUUGUGGAGUGGGCAGAAAGGGAGAUAAUCUUGAGUGCUGGUGAACUGAGAAAUUAGCCCAUUUCAUCCAUACUCUGCUGUUCUGAGCGUAGGGAUUUCAUCAAAGACAGUGAGAGUGAGAAUAUAAUUCUGGAUCUCUUAGAAAAUUUAUACCACUAAAGUGCUUUGUACAUUGUGAAAACCUGUGUCUUCCAAUUCAGAUCUGUUGCAGUCCAUUCAGUAUAAUUUGAAAUAUCUUUUUUAAGAUAAAAGGGUAAUUAGAAAUUUUAAAAAAGUGAUUUAUAUUUGGGAAAUCACUUAACAAGGAUAAAGCCAUAGCAAUGUUUUAAAUUAAAGGUUUGUGCAGAUGUCGUUUUGUCGUGCUGAAUGCAAUCCUAUGAUUUCUGAAGAAGGAUCUAGGCCUGAAACGUCAUUUCCUGCUCCCCUGAUGCUGCUUGGCCUGCUGUGUUCAUCCAGCUCUACACCUUGUUAUCCCACAACCCUCUGGUGGCCUGAUUAUUGUUUCUAAUUCAACAAGUGACUGUGUUUGUAAAUUUCCUCUGCACCUUAUUGCAGUAGCUUUUCCCUUCCUAUUCAAAAUCCUUGCAUGCAUCUGAGUUUACCCAGGCUUUUUAAAUAACUUCUGAAACAUUUUAAAUGGUCUGGUUAAGGUAUGGGACAGAAGAAUACCACUGCAGGCCGUCUGGCUACUCUUGGUGUUUGAAAACUGUGAUAAGCUACCCUGUCAUUUUGUUUGCUGUUUCUGCCAAGUAUCCACCUCCUAGCAUUGAAUUAAACUAUAUUUCAGCACAGUUUCUCUGGAUAUUGUUCCAUUUCCAGGGAAGUUCAUGAGUUUUAAUGUGAAAUAAUGGCAUUUAAAUGGCCUAUUGGGACUUGCCGGCUCUUGAGUUUAAUUUGGUGCUCACUUGUAGAGUAUUUCUUUUGUCUGAAAGUCCCAAAAUUUAAACUAAAACGUAUCUACUUGAAAUGAAAUGGAGAGCUUUUCUCAUUCACUCACUCUUAUUAUGGGGCAUUGAAUUUUUGUUCCUAGAGAUUGACAUGUAUUGAAGGUAUUAUGUUAUAUCAUUGAGUAUUUUGAGCAGGCUAAUAAUCUGGCAUGUUUGUUGAAGGGAUAGGUUUGUCAGUUCUUUGUUGUGAACAAACCUGGAAAAGUUGACAAAUUUGCAAACAAAUCUAUAAGUUUACUGAUUUAAAGUAUCCAUUCAAGGCCAGUUGCUGAAUUCAUUUUGUCAAUUUGCUUUUUGAAGAACAAUAAAAAAAAUUGCCUUUCAACUUGAAAGUAGGCCCGUUACUUUGCACUGUCAUUUACUCACUUUGAGCUGAAUGCACCAAGAAGGUGCUGCAUUGUGGAAAGGCAGAUCAGGGCAGGACUUGUGUACUUAAUGGUAAGGUCCUGGGAAGUGUUGCAAAUCAAAGAGACCUUGGAGUGCAGGUUCAUGUUUCAUUGAAAGUGGAGUCACAGAUAGAUAGGAUAGUUAAGAAGGUGUUUGAUAAGCUUGCUUUUAUUGGUCAGUGCAUUGAGUACAGAAGUUGGGAGGUCACGUUGCAGCUGGUUAGGCCGCUAUUGGAAUACUUUGUGCAUUUCUGGCCUCCAUGCUAAAUGAAUGAUGUUGUGAAACUUGAAAGGGUUCAGAAAAGAUUUACAAGGAUCCUGCCAGGAUUGGAGGUUUGUGCUAUAGGGAGACGCUGAAUAGACUGGGGCUGUUUUCCCUGGAGUAUCGUAGACUGAGGGGUGACCGUACAGAGGGUUAUAAAAUUAUGAGCAACAUGGAUAGGUUGAAUAAGUAAGGUCUUUUCCCUGGGUGGAGGAGGCCAAAACAAAAGGGCAUAGGUUUAAGGUAAGGGGGGAACGGUAUAAAAGGGACCUAAGGGGUAACUUUUUCACACAGAGCAUGGUAUGUGUAUGGAAUGAGCUGCCAGAGGAGGUGGUGGAGGCUGGUUCAAUUACAACAAUUAUAAGGCAUCCAAAUGGGUAUACAAAUAGGAAUGGUUUAGAGGGAUCUGGGCCAAAUGCUGGUAAAUGAAACUAGAUUUAUAUAGGACAUCUGGUCAGCAUGAAUAAGUUGGCCCGAAGGCCUUGUUUCCCUGCUGUGUAUCUCUGUGUUUCUAUGACUCUAGGUGGCAAUGUUAUGGACCGGAAAAAACACCUUUACAGCAUGUGAAGGAAAUAUCCCAGACUCUAUACUUUAGUUAUUGCAAAGGCAAGUACCAGAUGUUGCGUUGUGGAUGUAAUUUGAUUGGUCACAUUACCAGUCUUGACCAAAACACACUUUGUUCGUACAGAAUAGCUAAAA